CCUCUCUCUGUCCGCCCUGACAGCAUCCAUAUACAACAGUGUGCUGUGCCUGUUCCAGGGAGAAUAUCAGCUCUGCACAGGGAGGAGAGGAUUAGCGCUGCCGCUCGGGCUCAUCUGCAUACACGUUCCCAGAGAACCACAUGAGCACCCAGCUCUGCACCUCUUUUGUAUAAAACCUGGCACUCUUACCACAGAGGCUCCACUUCAUCCACCCUCACUGGUGUGGGAAGAUUUACUAGGAGCAAGUUCAUUUUAAAAGAUUUAGAAACUUGUGUAGAAUUCAGAUGCUCUGUGCAAUUGGAAGAAUGAAAAUUAUAUUAUUUAACUCGCUGUGAACGUCAAGGAGUUUCUCCAUCGUUGUUUUUUUUUUUUUUGUUUUGUUGUUUUUUUUGGGGGGGUACUUUCCCACUGGAUUUUUUCCUACAUCACAUUUGGGAGACUACAGCUCCAGAAUGCCAUCCAGAGAGUCCUACGAGGUUCACAAGGACGAGAAGCCUCUGGUGCAAAAGGCCAAGCGGGAGGCCAACCAGGAGGAUAUUCUGGCGGCAGCUCUGGGGAUGAGGAUGGGGCCACAGAAACCUUCAGCCACUUUCUGGCAGCCACUUAAACUGUUCGCCUAUUCACAGCUCACCUCACUGGUGCGCAGAGCCACGCUGAAGGAGGGUGAGCGGACGCCGAGAUCCGAGAAAGUCCACAACUUCAAGGUCCAUACCUUCAGGGGGCCUCACUGGUGCGAACACUGCGCCAGCUUCAUGUGGGGACUGAUGGCUCAGGGGGUCAAAUGCGCAGACUGUGGGAUGAACGUCCACAAGCAGUGCUCGGCUCUGGUGCCCAACGACUGCAAGCCAGAUCUCAGACACAUCCGUAAAGUUUAUAGCUGCGACCUGACGACCCUGGUGAACGCUUACAACACGGCCAGACCCAUGGUGGUGGACAUGUGCAUACGGGAGAUCGAGUCCAGAGGGCUGAAGUCAGAAGGCCUCUACAGAAUAUCUGGAUUCAGUGAUUCAGUGGAAGAAGUAAAGAUGGGAUUUGACAAAGAUGGCGAGAAGACAGACAUCUCAGUGAACGCCUAUGAAGACAUCAAUAUCAUCACGGGUGCGCUGAAACUGUACCUCAGGGAUUUACCUGUCCCCGUCAUCUCCUACGACGCUUACCCCAGGUUCAUCGAGGCUGCAAAGCUCACAGACCCAGAGAAAAAGUUGGAAGCUUUCCGCGAGGCUCUUGCUCUGCUGCCGCCAUCGCACAAUGAAACUCUCAAGUACCUCAUGGCCCACUUAAAAAGGGUGACACACAACGAGAAGUUCAACCUGAUGAACGCAGAGAACCUCGCCAUAGUGUUCGGGCCCACACUCAUGCGCGCCCCCAACCUGGACGCCAUAACGGCACUGAAUGACAUCCGCUACCAGAGGCAGGUGGUGGAAGUGCUCAUUAAAAAUGAAGAGGUGCUCUUCUAAACUCAGAUCAGGACUUUUUCUAGAACAGCUCUCUAAUCAUUCUCAGACUUGAAUGACGUUUUGUAUUACAAUGAUUGAUACAUUUUUUUUUUUUUAAAUGCCUUGUGUAUGGACUAGUGCUGACCUAACAUCCGUCCUCCCCUGUUCCGGGUGCGGAUGAUGAACCUUACACUUGUGCGUACUUUACGUCUCCCCAUUUUUGUCGGGGGAUUUUCCGAAGCAGACAGGCCAGCAUGCAUGGUGCAAGGUCUUUGUUGCUUUGUAGUCGUAACCCAGCAUGUGUUAAGCCGUGUAGUGCUGUGCUUUUGCUUUUGUCUCUUCUGUAGUAGUCGUUACCCACAUUCCCCCGCUGCCUGUUGUGCAGUCGUCUCUUUAAGAUUUUGUAUAGCUGGAUGUAAAAAAAAAAAAAAUAAGCUACUAAUUUUUCUGGGGUAAUUUUUAUGAUGCUGUAUUUUUUUAACUCCUGAAAUGUUUUUAUGUCACCUGCAGUUCUUUGUUGAAUGAGCCUUUCUCCUCUUGGUGUGUACAUGCUGGCACAUUUGUCUGCCCUUAACAGUUUUUAUUGAGCUAUAAACAGCGUUAUUUGUGAAUUAAAUUUUUUUUUUUUUUUUACUGUAAUGUUUGUUUUUGUUUUUUGUUUUUUUUUACACAACUCGUGCAUGAUCACUUUAAUUUAUUAAACCGUACUCUGAGAAAUUAAGUGCUUAAUGAGCCAUCUUAAUUGCCAUAAUAAAAUUUGUGGUUAAAGUUG